GCAAUUUAAACUGGCGAAAAGACAGUUACUCCAACACCCUCUUCUUGACAUUCUCUUGACAGUAGAAAUAAAUGUCAAUUGGUUUGACGUUUAGUUUCUUGUUCGUUCGUUUCUAUUUUCUUGAAACUAACAAUACGAACGAAUUUUUGAAAAUAUGUCCUUAGCAAAAAUAUUUUCGGUGUCAACGCGCGUGCGCGCAUCAGGCGCCUGCGGCGUAUUAAGGCAUGCCCAGUACAGCACGGAGGGAAAGACGGAGAAGGUAUACCCGCCGAAUGUGCCCGGAUUCAAGUAUGUGAACGGUGAAUUCCAGGACAUGAGCAUGACAGAGAUGAGUAACAGAGCGGCUCAGACUCUGUUCUGGACUGAACUUGCUAGAGGAUUUGCGGUCACAUUGGCUCAUAUUUUCAAGGAACCAGCAACAAUAAACUACCCGUUUGAAAAGGGGCCCCUGUCGCCCAGGUUCAGAGGAGAGCAUGCCCUCCGCCGCUAUCCCUCAGGUGAAGAGAGAUGCAUUGCCUGCAAACUGUGUGAGGCUAUUUGUCCUGCGCAGGCUAUCACAAUUGAAGCAGAAGAACGUAAGGAUGGCUCGCGACGAACAACGCGUUACGAUAUUGAUAUGACUAAAUGCAUCUACUGUGGUUUCUGUCAAGAGGCAUGCCCAGUAGACGCUAUCGUCGAAGGCCCCAACUUUGAAUUCUCAACGGAAACCCACGAAGAGCUUCUUUACAAUAAGGAGAAACUGUUAUCAAACGGAGAUAAAUGGGAGAGUGAAAUAGCCUCCAACAUCAGAGCAGAUCACCUGUACCGUUAAAUCAUUAUAGGUGUGGUAGUAAAUGUAUUUCGAGGUCUAUUUUGCAGCUGAGGUUAGAAUGGUUAUGUUACCUAUGAAUAUAAAAAUGUUCGCAAGGCAUCAAUUUAGUUUCAUGUAUGUAUAUAAGGUAAAGUUCAAAAUAUAUAAUUAUUAUUGUAUUUUUUUUUCAUUACCUGUCUUCUAUAUUAUAUUAAUUUAUUAAAUAUAUUUUAUGUUUUGUUAAAAAAAAUUUCUAUGAUUUUUAAGUAGUCCUUCAUUUAUAGGACUGGAUAAAAUGAAGAAGGUAAGUUUUUAAACGUUUGUAUUCCUAAAUAUGACAUGUAAAACACAUUAUGGUAGUGAAAACUCCAGUUACAAAAUAGACCUCAAAACUAGGAAUUAUUGUAAAUUAUUAUUUCUCCUUGUGAUUAAUAAACAUCAUCUCAGUUA